CGCCAAUCUCCUUUCAGAGUCCGGGCGGGGUAAGGCGGGAGAAAGAGGAAGAAGGUCCGCGAGGAGAAGCAGGGAAGCGGAAGUGCGUGUAUUGUGGAGGGCGGAAAGGGGCGGGGCUUGGGGGAAAGAGAGCGAGCGGGCCUUUCCGGUUCCUUCAUCCGGGUCCUUUCUGCUCUAUUAAAAUAAAAAAUAAUCUAGAUAUACACCUAUAUGUAUAUAUAACAGGCGACGGGGAGAAGGGGAGGAAAAAGGGAAAAGAAAAGACGAGGCCUCGCCCCUCCGCCGCGUGACGUCAUCGCGUGAGGUCACCGGGCCCGGCGAUGAUGCGUCGGUGACGCGGGCCUCGCGUCCGCCACGGCCGGGGACCGUCACGGUGUUGCUAUGGCAACACCGCCUGCUGGGUCAGGGGGUCACCGCGCGGCCUGGUGAGCGGGGCGGGGGGGCCGGGAGAGGGCCGGGGGGGCCGCCCGGGCGGCGGGGCGGGGGCGAGGGAAGGGCGGGCCGAGGGGCGCCGGGGGGGGGCAAGGCGCAGCCCCCCGAAAGAGGGAGAGGCCUCGCGGGUGGGGGGGGCGCAGGGGAGGAGGGAGGGGGGCCCUCCCUGCGUAGCUGGAUAAAACCCGGGUCUGGACCCUUCACCCCCCUCCCCACUCAGCCACCCCCUCGGAGGGUCUCCAAAGCCCCUCCCUCCUUCCUCUCUUUCUGCCCUCCCUCCUCCCCAUGGCACCCCGAGAGGGCGGUGUGGGCUCCCCUCUGCGUCCGCGGGCAUUGAAUGCCUUUCUCCCCCCCCCCCCCCGCCCAGUUCCUCCCGAAUUCCUGAAGUUUCCCCUGCACAAAAGGCUGGAUCCGGAGCAGAUCGCCCGUUUCCCUAGCCAGGGUCGAUGGGUGGGCCCUGGGGCACCUUUGGGUGGUGCCACCUUCCCGCCUUAUUCGUUCAUUUUGAGCCAACGUUGCCCUGGGGCUUCAGGGUUUAGGUUGAGGCUUCCCAGCCCUCCUCCUGGGCCUUGAGAGGACAGGGCUGGCUGCCCUUAGCCGGGGCCAAGAUGGGCUUGGGGGCCUUCCAAACUUGUGGAAAUGAUGGAUGCAGUGGGUAAGAGGGAGCCGGCGACCUUUUUUAUCUGAAUGGGGAAACCUGGAAAUGCCUGUAAUUCGAAAAGGGCCUCUCUCAGUAGGCAUUCAUAUUCACCUGAACUUUGGCAGCUUUGUACCUGUAAAAUGGGGGUUAUUAGGUGCCCAUUUGCACUUUUUCCAUAGAUGGAUGCAGCCUCUGGUUGUCCCUGGAGUCAGGGCAGUAGUGGUAGAAUUAUAAAACAAUCCUUUGCAUGUCUGCUGUGAAUGAAGCUUAAUCAAAUUAAGUGGGAAUUUCUCCUGGGUAAGUGUUUUAGCUGUUGAGUGCGAAACCCCCCCAACCUAUUAUUUCAAGAUACAGGGUCCCAAGCUUCUAGAUAUAGCUUCUAGAGAACUGGAAAUUUCAAAGGUUGAUGUUCAGCACAAUCCUGUGCUCGUUUACUUGGAGGUAAAUUCCAUUGUGUCCAGCAACUCAGCCUUCCUCGCUAAAGCAUGCGCAGCACUGCAGCCUUAAAUGGCCAACUCUUUUCUUUUGACUCUUUUGAUUCACCAACCCCAAACCAGAGCCAAGUUGAAAAAUAGUUUAAAAUUGACUUGCCUAGUCACCUUUGAAAUGUGAUGCUGGUGAUCAGAACAUGAGGGUUUCUUCCAACCUGGCUAGGCUGGUGCUGGAAAAAAGAAGCAGGUAGUUACCAGAGUGGAAAAAAAGCAAAGAUUUCUCUCUAGCCCUUGAGCCUUGGCAGAAAGUUGCCCUUGCAGUUCAGUUGGAAAACGUGCGGAUGGCAGAGGUCAAAAAGAUAUUUGCAGCCUCUGGGGACAAGUGAGGGAAUUGCUGUUGUAUUUCUGGGUCCGCUGCUAAAAAUGGCUUGUUUUCUGCUCUGUGGGUUGUGCUGGGAAGGCUGCAGUGGGGCUGGCUGGCGGGUGGGGCUUUGGGGCUGCGUUGGAGGAGCUUGGGCUGUCAGGAGUGGAGCUUUGUUCACUGUCGGGCCAGUUCUCCAGUUUCUUUCCUGGAUCCUUAACUGGCUUCUAGAUUUUCCUUGAGUGCUUCUGGCCGUGGUUUGGGUUUUCCAUCUUGACAGCAAAGUGUGGCAGGAAGCGAUUAACCUCAGCUUGAUAAGGUUAACUGCUGCACAACUUUCGAUUCCUUAAACAUUUUGUAUUAAGAAGGGAUUUGUCUUUCUAGUCCCCUCAUUAAAGUUCAGAUUUCAAAGCUUUUGUCUGAAAGAGAGCACCUUUCCCAAGUGGAAGAAACCUUAUGUGAAAGUUUUUGUAAUUUGCUUAUGGGCAAAAACUAUCUUGGCCAGACGCGUUCCUCUGGCUGUGGGAAUGGGUCUGUGCCUUUGAAUGGACAUGGCAGAAGAACUGUGGAAUGGCCACAACAGCAGAUCCUGCUUCCACCUGUCUUCCAGAGAAGGCAGUUUUGGAAUGGGAACCUCCAGAGACUGUAAGGAGCAGCCUGAGAAAGAAUGAUGGGGCAGGCUGGACAGCUGCUCCGUCCUCAUUCUGUCUGCCAGGCUGGACCAAGAGAGAGUGGGGACUUGGGGUGGCGUUGCUGGAGGCAAUUCCUUCCUUUUCCCACCCCCUGCAGACCAUCUUUUAUGCUGAUUCCUGUCCCUUGGAACAAGGCAUCCCCUCUCCCUUGGUCAGAGUGUUUCACUGUGUCCUUCACAUUCUUCUUCAAGAAUUCACAUUCUUCUUCAAUUUCCUUUGCCAAAGCUCUUCCAGUUAAUGUGUAUCCACUUUCUCUGCUGUGACCCCAUCUUGUUGAGCAACUCUUGGGGGUCUUCUCUUUGGUACGGCUGCAGUUCAGUGGGCAAGCUAUUAAGUUUCAGUUUUGAAACCCAGGUUCACCACCUUGGAAGGUGGUGGGCUUCCCUUCUUUGUUUGAGGUUUUUAAACAGAGUUUGGAUGGCCAUCUGCCAGGGAUUUUUAGCUGCGAUUCUGGUUUUGUAGGAAGUUGGACUACGUGACCCUUUGGAUCCUCUGCAAUUCUAUGAUGCUGUGAUUCCCCACUCAGCUCCAACAUUUGCUUUGCUACCUUUGACUCUGCCUAAGCGACCAUAUGAAUGAAAAGUAACUUUCCUAAGGGCCAGGAACGUCUGCAAGAACCUUUUUGAAGAAAAAAGAACCUCGACAUUCAGGAUGCUGUCCAAGAUUCCAAGGCUGUGUUUUCUGGGUCAGAUUCCGCAGUGCCCUGAGAUCUUGGGAUCAGGCAGUUAUAGCAAGGGUUGAAAGACAAUGGAUCAGAAGACAGCUGAGGCUAUAGGGAAAGAUGUGUCUGCAGAGGCUCAGGGAAAGAGGUCUUGCUGUGUCAGGAAGUCCCCAAGUGGGAAACGAAAGCAAGGAAUCUCUUGUGGGCUAGUGCUUCACAGCCAAAGGUAUUCUGUGGCAUCCAUGAGACUGCAGAAAGCCACCAUUUCUAGUAGCCAUCAAGGAUUUGUCUAAUCCUCUUUUUAGUGGCCACCACUAAGUCUUCUGGCAGCAAAUUCCACGAGUGAAUUGUGCAUCGUCCAAAGAAGUCCUUUCCGUUUCCUAUCUUAAAUCCCUUGCCCGUAAAUUUCAUUGAAUUAUCCUGUUAUUUAUUGCACAUAUUAUGCCUCUAAGGUUAUAAAUCCUUUUCAAGGUGUACAAGUAAAAUAAAAACCACACAGUGUGGUUGCUAUGAAGCAAUGGCAAAGCAUUUUUUAAAAAACCUCAUCAUUGCUGGCAGAAUUCUCUCUGUAGCAUUUGGGAGCAGAGGGUGUUACUUUGGCCUGCCUGUCUCUGCCCUCUAUCAUUGCCUGAGGUAGUCUGAGGGGGGAGGGGGAGAUUCCCUCCCUCCACUUUCUUAUAGAAUCAUAAAUUUGUAGGCAUGGAAACAACCAAAGGGUUAUCCAGUCCAACUUGCUGCAAUGCAUAAUUUUUUUACCAUGCAUAAUUUUAUAACCGUCCACCAUAUCCCUUCUUACUAUUUUUUUUAAUAGUGGACGGUCACCCCAUAUCAAAAAAACAAGUAGUGUACAGCCAGGAAACUCAUCAGGAAGAGGCUUCUGUUCGUUUGGGUUGUGGUUUCCUUCACCUUUUCUUUGUUUUUUUGAUACGGAGGGACCCAGACUCCUUCGCAUACGAAACGCAGCAGCUAUAUUUCUGGGCAGGAACCGUAGAAUUGCAGAGUUUGAAGGGACCCCCAAGGGCCAUUUAGUCCCUGACUCUGCCACCGUAGUCCUCAGCCUGUUCUUUGGCAUCUACUGUUGCUUCCUUUCAUGUUCUCUAUGGUCUUGCAGUUCACAGGUCGCUCUCCCCACCUCCCCAUGUGGUGUCUGUGUGUCUGCAAACAGAGAGGAGACCUGGCAGCAUGUCUGUGCUGUUGUCUCCCCUGCAAGCAUUUCCAAGAGAAAGGGUACCUUUUUUUGGGCCAGCUUGUCUCCCAGAGGCUGCAAAUGAGCUUAUGAAAUGUAUAUUCUUUCUUGAGUUUCUGUGUUCGGUGUGCAGCAAUGAACAUAAGAAGAAUCUGCUAGUGGCCAGUGGCCCAUCUAGUCCACGGCAGCUGGCCAGAUGCCCCAACGGUUGAAUCUAGUGCUUUCAAAACAGCAAAAAAAACCCAAGCCGUUUGCUUUGCACAGAGACUCAGAGAAAUUGAGCAAAGCUAGAUGAUUUGCAGGGGGCUUGGGUUACACUGGGCCUCAGCACCCUGUUUGCUUAACCUCUUCUCCUCCCGGUUGAUGCAGGGCCUUUCAGAAAGAGCAGCAAAAAUAAACCGCCAGAAGGAUGGUCAGACUCGCAAGACGAAUCCCAUUUGCCUUUCAGUUGCUGAGGAGAAACAUGGUCUCCCUUCCCUGGAUAACUGUCCUAGGAAAUGCCUGCAGAGGGGGCUGCCCAGGUAGGGUGAGGGCAGGGGGAGUCGUGGGUUGGAGCUCUCUGGGGCAGCUGCUUCUUGCCUUCCGACGCCUUGCUUGGGGAAGGCUCCUCAGACCCUGUGCCCUAACUGGCCCUCCAGCAGUUGUCAUCGGACUCCCAUCAGCCCUGAACAUUGACCAUUCUGCCUGGGGCUGAUGGGAUGCCAUCAUCUUCUGGAGGGCGCCAUGUUGACUAUCCCCGCCCUGUGCACUUUGAUGGGCAUGGCUUGGCUCCAAUUGGAUGCAGCCAUUUGAUGGUGACUAGUGCUAGGCGUGUAGGGCUUCCUCCCACAGAUAUGGUGGGGGUGGGUGGGGCUGAUGGGAGUUGUAGUCCAGCCACAUCUGGGGAGCACUUCACUGCCCAUCCCUGCUUGUCCGAGGCUGUGGCUUUGGUAUAAGGCGGCUCCUGCCGCUCCCGGGUUGGGCUUCCUGGUCUUGAGGCGGCUUCCUCAGAGCAGGGCAAGUGCUGACCAGUCCAUCUUGUUGCAGCAGGUGACGUCUGAGCCUGCCCUGGUCUGCGUCUCCCCGGAGGAGGUCCUGGAGAAUCCGCAAGGAGUCGGUGGGUGUGGUGAUGGAGAACUACGAGCUGGUCACUUCCCUGGGUAAGACGCCGCUGGUUUUGUUUGGGGGAGGCAGUUGCUUGCCAAAAGCUUUGUGUCUUGCCUGUUGGGAGCCUCAGAAAGGCUUGGCUCCUCGUUCACGCUGGUUCUGCUCAAGAGGGACAGAGAAACUACCGUUCAACUGCAGAUAGCUAAUACAGUGGUACCUCGGAAAUCAAAUGGAAUCCGUUCUGGAACUCCGUUUGACUUCUAAAACAUUUGGAAACCGUGGCGUGGCUUCUGAUUAGCUGCGGGAAGCUCCUGCAGCCAAUUGGAAGCCGUGUAAGCUGCGUCGGACAUUUGAGCUCCAAAGAACGUUCGCAAACCGGAAAAUUCACUUCUGGGGUUGCGGUGUUCAGGAGCCAAAAUGUUUGAGUCACAAGGCAUUCGGGAUCCAAGGUACGGCUGUAUUGUGAGGGCCAGAGGGUCAGUCAGCCUCUUUCCUGCCAGUUGUUAGGUCUCCACUCCAGGCAGCAGAGGCCCCCCCAGGUGAAGAGCCAGCACAGCUCCCACCUAGCUUGUGAUGUUGGAGCCCAGCGCUGAGGUUUCAAGAGCAUGUUUGGUGGCGGCUGGCUCAGUCUGCUUUGGUGCAGGAGUCUGCUGGAUCCGGCCAGUGGCCCAUCCAGCCCAGAAUCCUGAUGGCCCCCCCAAAUGCCCAUCAUGGGGAAAACCUGCAAGCAGAAUCUGAGCACGACAGCAGCUCUCCCCCGUCCUUUGGUUUCUGGCAACUGGGAUUCAGAAGCAUCGCUGCCUCUGACUGUGGAGACCAGAGCCACCACGGCCAUUACCCAUUAAUAGUCCUCUCCUCCAGCAGCUUGCCAUCCAUUUGCUUCUGUGUGUAGAUGUGAUUCUGUGGUAGAUAUUUUUACCGGAAAGAAACCCUCUGCCUUUAAUAUCCUGUCCUGGGGUGUGGUGGGGUACAGAGGGGCCGCCUCUCCAACGCAUCUGCAUUCAAGGAGUGCUCCUUUCUCUGUGCCAGGUGUGGAAACCUGAGUCAGCCUUUUAAAAGCCACCGCAAUGGAGCGUAAUGGUGUUCCUCCCUCUCCAGGCUACCCGGUUCUCAAACCUGAUCUCCUGUCUCGGAUCGAGCGUGCUGGAGAGCAGUGUGUUGGAGAUCAGCUGGACUCUAGCAGAGGGAUUCCAACAGAUCCCUGCCCAGGUAAGCCACGAAGCAGAGUGGCAGAAUGGAUCACCUUCAUCAGUUUUGUUGAAUUAAUCAAACUAAAUUUGGUUUGGAAUAUUUGUGCAAUUAAUUGUUAACUGUUUCUAAUUUUAUUGCGUUAUCAUAUUCCUUAGUGGGUCGUAUUCAGAACUGCUGUUCUGAAUAGUGCUUAAGAGUAGGGUUGGGGCGGUGGGGUUGAGUGUGUGGAACUAAGGGGGCUGAAACAGAGAUAAAAGCCACAGAGGCCAUGACCAGAGUUUCUGGAGGCCCUUUGCAGACAAUGCCUGUGGUACCUUUUGGCUUCGGUCACUCUGCAGGUGUGGCCCCUUCUUCCAAGUCUUCCUGUUGGCCAAGAAGGCAAGUGCAGGUUUUUCACACAGAGAGCACAGCAAAACUAACCGCUUCUUCCCUGUGCCAGGCUACCGGUUCUUCAAACCUGAGAGCUUAUCCUGGAUUGAACGGUGGGAAGAGCUUGGCGUCACGGAUCGCCAGAAGCUGGAGGAAGGCAAGCUGUGCACAGGCUCCUGCCAAGGUGAGGAGCCAUCCUGCAGAGGGUGUUGCCUAUUGGUUGACUCCAGCAGCAGUUUUGGUUGCCAGGCCAAUGGGGAGGCAGCCUGUGGCCCUUCAGGUGGCAUUGGACUUCAAGUCCCAUAAUCCCUGGCCAGGGACUCUGCUGGUGAAGGGGACUGAUGGGAGCUGGGAGCCUGACAAUAUUUGGGAGAGCCAGUUCUGUUCUAAAAUAAUAAAUAAUGAGGCACACAUUUAUCUACCAUUCUCUGCAGCCACAGCAGGUGCUGUGAUUUGCCAGCCGUUUGACCUCACCCCUGGAGGUGCACUCCAUUGUCUCUUGAGACAGGCGGAUAAGAACAACCUAUUUAUUCUUUUUAAAAAAUGGUUUGCCCCCCUCCCAGCCCUGAAUGUACAGGCUGGAUGUUGUCUGGAUCGUUGCCUGCGUAAAAAUAUGGCAUGUUGUGCCCCAAACAUUCACGGCAUACCUCCUUAUUCUUCUUAUUUAGUAGGUUUCUUAUUGUUUACAUAUAUUUAUAACAUAGCAAGUAUAGCAACAGAGGCCAGAUAAAAGCAGAAAAGAAUAUCCAGAAAUAAACAUAUAGGAACAAAGUUCCAUACCAAAAUAAAAAAUAAUAAUUAAUUAAGACCACCAGGUUCCAAGUAACACAAGUGGGCUUACGUUAUCCUGCACCUUAUUACUUCAGUUUAUUAUAAAAACAGUCCAUUAAUUGAUAAAUACAUUGCCUUGUCGUCUGCCCUGUCUGGUUCUCACCAUAUAUGCAAGCUUAACCAUGCCUACCAUAUCCCAGAUUGCUUUAUACAUUCUCUCAUAAACUUAGGAGUGGCCUUUGAUUCUUCUUCCGGGAGAAUUGGAGCACAAAACGAAGCUCCUCUGUUCUUCUGCAAAGGCCUCCUUCUGCUGUGUUCCUCUCGCCCCUUCUCAUGCUUCCUUUCCACCUCUUUUUCUCCCUUUCUCUCUUCCCGCCCCCUUCAGGAGCAGCCGGCCGCGGCAAGGCCAUCAAGGAGGAGGAAGGUGGCCAGAAGGGCUUUGUGGCCAGCUUGGAGCGCUACCAGCUCUUCCCCGACAGCUCCCGAGCGGGCCUUUUCCUGGCGCCCAACGCCGCCCAGCUGCGGGCGCAGCAGCCUCGUGUCAAGAAGGAGGAAGCGGCCUCGUGUGAGCCUGGCCUCUGCGGCCCCGGGCGCCCCUCUCAGGGCCUGGGCUCGGGCCCCUUCGCCUGCGUGGUUUGCGGGAAGUGCUUCCGCCAGAAGCAGGGCCUCAUCACGCAUGGGCGCAUCCACACGGGCGAGAAGCCCUACCCCUGCCUGGAGUGCGGCAAGCGCUUCCGCCAGCGCCCCAACCUGCUGACGCACCAGCGGGUCCACACGGGCGAGCGGCCCUUCCCCUGCCUGCGCUGCGGCAAGCGCUUCAGCCAGAAGGCCAACCUGGCGGCCCACCAGCGCACCCACGCCGUCCAGGAGGGGCUGAUCGCCCCGGAGCCCAAGACGCCCGUGCCACGGGGCAGCCGCCAGACGGAGAAGCCUUUCCCCUGCAACGUCUGUGGGAAGAGCUUCAGCCAGCGGCCCAACCUCAUCACCCACCAGCGGAUCCACACGGGCGAGAAGCCUUUCGCCUGCACCGAGUGCGGGAAGCGCUUCAACCAGCGCGCCAACCUCAUCACCCACCGCCGCAUCCACUCGGGCGAGAGGCCCUUCCCCUGCGCCACCUGCGGCCGCCGCUUCAGCCAGAAGGGCAACCUUGCCGCCCACCAGCGCACCCACUCCCAGCAGAGGCCCCACGCCUGCUCCUGCUGCCCCAAGCGCUUCAAGGGAGAGUCGGCCCUGCGAGCGCACCAGAGGACCCACCGGCAGGUCCUGGGAGCUGACCCCCUGGCCGGAGCCCUCUUGGCGGUGGCUCCCGGCCUCCAGCAGCAGGCCCCGCUCCCCGGGGACCCCACCUCAGCCGCGCAGAGGGCCACGCCUGCCCCCCGCCAGGAUCUGCCCGGGGACCCCACUCCGGGCGUCCAUCGGGCUGCCCCCUCCGGGCAGCAGGGGCAGCAGCAGCCGCAACAACAGCAGCAGCAGCCCCAGCAGCAGCAACAGCACGGAGCCCCUCAUGGGCCACAGUCUCUUCCCGCGGACCCUCCACCCGGUCCCCACGCAGCAGCGGGCCCCGCUGGACACCUCCAGGGUGUGGCCCCCGGCUCGGAGCAAGGGCCGAAGCUGAGCGCCCCGCCGGCCGUGAUGGACCCCCACGCCGAGAUGCUCCACUGCCAGCGCCGGCUGAGCCUGCCGGCGCUGCCCACCUCCAGCGCCCAUUCCGUGGUGCCCAUGGGGCAACCGCAGCCCAUCACCACCAAGCCCAAGAGCCUGGUGGGACCGCGGCUGGAUGCCCCCAGCGAAAUGCUCCACUGCCUCUGCCACGCCAGCAGGGCCUCCCUGGUCAUUCCUCACCCGCCGCACCUGGGGCAGCUCCAGGCGGGCGCCAGGGACGCGCCUGGCCGCGCCUGGCUGGGCAUCCCGUGCCCGGCCCGCACCCUGCAGCUCCAGCAGGGGGCCCAGGGCCACCCCGCCGCCCCCAACCCGAGACUCUGCUCCAUCCCGGAUUCCCUGCGAUAGUUUCCUCCUCCCCAAAGACGGGCGCUGUGCAAGCACAGAUUGGUGGGGGCUGGGCUUGGCCCUCCCCACAAAGGACCUCCCACACAUAAACAGCCCUCGGCGGUGGGGCAAGGCGGUGGGGCUCAUGCAUGUAUUGUGGACAGGAGAGCCCUCAGCCUGCACCGACCCCCCCAAAUCUUGAGACACGUGCAAAACCCCCUCUUUGCUCCUGCAUCUCCUGGCACAGAAAAAGAUCGAUCUUUCUUGCAGCGCCACCAGACUUCUCCCCCUAGAAGCUUGAGCCCGCGGGGGUGUCAUUGUGCCAAGUGUAUUUUCUUCAUCCCUACAAUCCCGCCCCCCCGCCAUGUACCACAUCCGCCUCCCUCCACCCCAGGAACCAGCGGAACUCCCCUCGACCGCCUCGUGCAGCACAGAUGCGGCGGAAAUCUGCCUCCCCCAGGGGAGGCGAACGGGGCCCUGCGAGCAGGCAGCGCCUCCAGACUGGCAGGCAGCAACGUUAGAGGGCCUUCCUUUGAAAAGAGGACUCUGGAGAGGACCUGCUUUCUUCCCCUCCUUCCACAUGCCUGCUGUCGCCUAGCAAAUUCCACCUGGGAUCUCUCGCCUUCGGGGUCCAGAGUAGCGGGUGCAGGAGACGACAACGUCCUACGUGUGAAACUGGGAGAUGCCUUAGCUGCCGUGCGAGGCCAGCCAGAGUUGACCAGCACAAAAGAACCACAGGAACAGCCGCUGCUGGACUCUGCAGGCAACGGUCUACCUGGGGAUCUCGCUGCCUGCCAGAUCCCGGGCUCAUUUCUCUCGUUUGCCCUGUGCAACUGAGGAUACCGAAUGCAGGAGAUUUGGGUGACGAGGAACAUUAUCAGUCUGUUGCAGGAGCAACACGGAUGGUUGGAUUUUCCGGGGGUGGGGAGGGGGCGAACUUGUGCCAAGAACCCUUGCCCAUAAUCUCCACGCUCCCCUGCUUCCUCGCGGGCAGAGCAGACUCUUGGAUGCCUCUCCUGCCCGGUGGCACUCUGCAUGCUUUGCCUUUUCACAGAGAAGCGGGGCGGGUGGUUGAAGGAGGAAAGAAGCCCCGCCCCUCCAAAGACUGACAGAGGGGGGAGGAGGACUUCAGCAUGCUUCAGAAGCGGCGCGUUGCUACGGAGCGGUCCGGAUCCUGGGCGCAAGCAACAAAGUCCACUCUGCGAGGAGAGCUGGGCUUCCUUUGUCUUCAGUCUGCGGAGGGGGGGCGGCGCUGGUGGGAAGCAGCCCCUCCACAAGGCCGUCCAAUGAGCUCUGGGCAGCUGUGAAGAGGGGAGACGCCUGCCUUGUUCCCAAACCUGGGUGCAACUGGUGGCCUAGAAGCGUCCAAAGCUGCCUUCCUUCCCCAGGCCCUGUUGCCCUCCGGGUGCUUUGGAGCUGGUGGGAGUUGUGCUCCAAAACACCCUGAGGGAACCAGGCUGGGACCAAGGCCGGUCUGUAGCGGAGGCGUGGAUGAGGUAUGGAAGCGUUGACCAAAGAGGAGGAGGAGGGGAGGGAUGUCCAGGGGUCCCUCCUCUCGGGAAGGCUGGGUUGUGGGGCAGGAGAAGCAGCCGAAGCACUUUACAUGUCACCCCCGUUAGGCCCCCUUGACCUCGGUUCUGCCUUCUGCCGCGUGGCUUGCCCCUCUGGCUUCACCACUCUGUGUUGACUGGUCUGCAGAGACCGCGCUGGCCUGAUGGGCUAGAGGGUUCUCUGCAUUGGCUCAGUGGGCAGCCGUGUUGGUUUUUGGGUGUGCCAACGGGCUGCCUGUUCCUCCCCUGCUUUGCAGAGCAGGCCCCCAAACCUCCCCUAGGGAUGCCACCCCUUAGAAGAAGGACCCCGGGCAACGAGAGGGGGAAUCUGUGCCUUAAGCUCUCCGAUCCUCGGCCCACUUUGUCAACCAGUCCUGGUUGGAGGGUGGCGUCGUGGUGGGGAGGGUGUUGACUGCACAUAAAACCGGGCUGGGUGCUUUAGAAGCCGUGGGCAGGGCACACUUGGGGGGCAGAGGAGAGAGUUGUGGGAUGCAAGAGGCAUGAGAGCCCCAAAGGAGUCCAGGCUCCCUCAGCGGGGAGAAGAAGGUGUGGAAACUGUGUGCCCCAGACAACGCUGGCUCUGUUUCCUUGAGGGGCUGCAGGCUGUCGGGUCGUCUUGGCCAGACUGUGCCCAGUUGAGGCCCGCAAGUGCUCUUGGAUUCCCAGCUCCCAGCAGGCAAAGGCUGGUUGCGAUGCUGAGUUGCCCAAAGGAAGAGAAUCUGUGUGUGUCUGGGGGGGAAGCCCAGGUGGCGGGGGGGGGGGGCAAAGACCCCCCAUGCCAGAAAAGUGCAAAAUGCCCAAGGAAAAAGCGGGUGGAAAGAGAAGCGUGAGAGAGCCAGGAUACAUGCAACACAGCUGAUAAAGUGAUUGGAUCCCCUAAGGUGUCUGUAUCUCGCUAUCCCUCUGGCUAUCAGCCGUUUUUGUGUGUGGCUUUUGGGGGGGGGCAGUGCAAAGGGUUUACGUACUUAUGGGCGCAAACAAAGGGGAAGCUCCCUGUGGCUGCAAUGCAAAAGCGGGAGACCCUGUGGCUGAUGCUUCUCGUCCUGUUACACGUUGCCCCUGACCCAGAGCGAGGCUGGAGAAUUAAUGUUCUGUCCUUUAGCGUUUGGGGAAUGGUUUGUUCCCACCUCUCAAGGACCCGCUCUGAUGUCUCUGGGGGUGGGGGAAGUACCUUGGGUUCAAGAUGCAGGGGUCUUCUGUAGUUGGGAGGGAUGCAGCCCUUGCCCUGACCUCUGCACUGUGCAGCUUCCUAGCUCUGAGUAAAAGUCACCCCUUCCCCUGGAAGCUGGAGGAAAACCUGGGUCAGCUCUGGCCACAGGAACAUCAAACGCCCCACCUCCCUCCCAGGCUCCCUUCUCCAGGCUGGGCAUUCGUUCCAGGCUAAGGCUUCACUCCUAAACCACCUGAGCUGCUAUGGAGGGAUCCCAACUGGAGAAGGUAGCUCUCCACUCUGCAGAGGGCCCCUUCUUGCGCAUGGUUUUAAAGAAGCCGUUGGAGGCAGUCGCGGGUCCAGGACAGCCGUGGGGAAAAGAGAUGCUCUGCUUGUGCCUAGUGGAUCUUUUGGGGCUGGUGACUUAAAUGCAAUGUGUGUGUUUGCUGGGAGGAGGCGUUGGGCGCCAACCCCUUUGGGGAGGAGGGAGCAAAAGAACAAUUGGGGUUGUGGGCAGCCAAGAAAGCUCUUUUCGGUCCUUGUGUUUGUGUCCGGUUGUUUGGCCUUCACCUUAGUGCUCUGUGCUGUAGGGGGUGUUCUUAGGGGGGAACACAUUGGUGCAGACGUGCUUGCUUGGCAUUUCCCCGGUUGCAUGCUGAAACCCAAGCGGGUUGUUCUGGCCAGGAUGGGUGGGCAUGAGAGGGGGUGGUGGCAGGGGGAGCUGGCUGCCGGCCUCUGGGGACAGGCCAGUGGUGUGCUGCCUGCAAAACUCUUCAGUCCAAGGAUGCGGGAGGUGGGCUGCCCAGCCCCCUGUUCCAGUGUGUCAGUCCAUCUCUGGACCGUUUAGAACCAGACAAGACGGUACUUCGUUGUGGCAGAGGCACCCUCCCCACUUCAAGUAGUGCUGGCAUCCCUGGACCCUGGCGCGGGCCGCUUAAGGACUCGCGCUCCUUUCGUCUCCCUUCAGAGCCACUGGUGGCUACCAAAGCCGCAGGUGGGGUGUCGGAUAGGCUGGACUCUUGUGUGCCCCAGUGAAAUUCUGUUGCGUUUGGGGGGGCCUGUGUGCGCGUCUUGUUUUACGGGGAGCCGUUUCCUCCCCGCCCUUCCUUGCCAUGCAUUUUUGCUUACCCCAGCUUGCUUGAGCCGCCUCUUCACGCUCUCUGUCCUGCAGACAAAACUUCCUGAAGUGCACUUGCCCUCUUGCUCAUAGCCCAGAUUAGGUAGGCAAAGGGGUGUUGGUGGGUCUUUCCUCGAGGCCUGGAUGCCUGGACCUUGACGAGGAGUUUCUGGCUCCUCCUAACUUUACAUUUCUCCCCUCGCCAUCAGCGAUACCCAGUCUCUUGUGUUUGUUGUGGGGGGGGGUGUUAGUUUCUCGAUUGAUGCAAAGCUUAUCAAGAAGGCUUCUGUUGCAGGCUCUGGGUCACUGGCAUCCCACCCCCCUUGGUUAUUUGCGACCCAUAGUAGCUUAAGUGUUUCUUUCGCAGCUGCAGGGAGACCCCGACUCACCUGGGACCCCUGCUGCAGCCGCCAGCGGGCUCUUAGCCCUCUUGCAACCUGGUUUUGCGUAUAAGGAGCUUCACCAACUAGGCAGCAGCCUUGGAGUGGCCUCAGCAUCGCACGUCUUGCUACCCUGUGGUGACUUCUUGGCUCCUUUCUGUUGAACAGCUGCCUCCCUAGUUGCUGUCCCACCCCCACCCUGGACGGCUGUGUUACAGGCAGAAAAUGCAACAGGUGAAGCUUACUGCAUGCUGCUCAAGGCUGCAGCUGCCAAACGUCGGCCCAUCACGGGCCUGCUAAUUGAGGAGUGAAGGGGGAAACUGACGUGGGCAGACGAUGGGGUCUUGCUUGUGCCGUUCCCUGGUUGCUCCUUACGGUCCAACCACAGGUUCCUCCCCAAGGCAGAAUAUUUGAGGAUAUGCAAAACAAACAAACACAACCCCACGCCAAUACUUCAGCAAGUGUAACUGGAAGAGAAGGAGGCUUGUUGGUUGGGUCGAAGUGGUCCUCGCUUCUUCCUGCCCUGCAGUUUGAUGGACAGGAUGAACUGAGCGAUGGCUGGGCGUGUGGGAUCCCUGGAAGAAAGAGUGUAAGACGGCCAGAUGGUUCUGAGCGCCCCCUGCUCCAAGUCCAGCCGUGCUUCAGUUAGAACCUCCCUUUUUGGAUCUGCCUCCAUCGUACAUUUUAAACUGGCUCAGAACCUGUUUAACUGCCAUUGCACCCGAGUAGGAGACUCUCUGGGGUCCCAGUUCAGCUAGUUGUGGCAAAGACCCAUUGAAAGCAAUGGGGCUUUCAUCCUUCACAAAAACUAGGUGACUCAGUGUCCCCCGUGUCCCCCAGUUAAGGUAAAAAGUGUAUAAAGAAAAUGCAGUUUAUAUUUCAAUAACUAACAUCUCAUAAACGCAGUAAUAUAAAUCCUUGAUGGACCAAGCUAUCUUUUGACAAAAUCAAAAUUACUUGAUGGCCGCCUUACUAAAAACCGAGCAUUGCACUGUAAUAGAGCUGUGAUUUUUGAUUUGCAGUUGCUUAAAGGAGGAGAGCAAACUUGCAUCGGUUGCAAAACGUGUCCCAAAUGCACUUUGGGAAGUAUCCCAGUGGAGGCCUUUGACAUUUUAAGCCUUCUCAGGUGGAGGAUACUGGAAAUAUUUGACUCGGGGAAGUUGAUUUGUUGGUCAUGUCAUGGUGCUAGCAAACCAGAACUCCUUUGCAUGUUGGAGCAAAAUGUUUUGUGUUCUACGUUAUGUAGUUGCAAAUCAGAAAUCAAAGCCUAUUGAACUGGAUGCUAGGUUUUUUAAUAAAGCCAUCAAUGAAGGUGUUAUCGAAACAUUUGGCCCAUUAAGGAUUUCCAGCAGCAGGUCUCUUUGUGAUAAUUUCCCCCCGCUGAAAUUUUAAAAAAAUAUAUUUUCUCUGUGCGUUAUUUUAAUUCAGUUUCCCCAGCCCCAGUUCAGUGGGGCUUAAAUCAUGGCCAACUUGAGUUUGUUCUGAACUGUUGCUUCUAUGAAGACGAUGCUCCCUAAAAUAUAAACCUCUACAAAAUCUCAGUUCUUCAGGAUUCCUGUGUGCAGGACCUCCCAGUGGCUUAAACCGGUUUCGAACAGGCUUAAUUUGUGCAUGGCCAAUGUAAGCUCCUUGUAGCUUCUGUGCUUGUCUGUUGUUUUGUUCUGUGGCUUGGAGGGGCGACUAGGCAGAGGCAGAAAAGGCCGGAGAGGCUGGGAAUCUUUGGGGAGCAGUGUGGGCCCAGCCGAGCUGGGGGAGAACCGCUUCCAGCCCCCCUCUGUGCUCUGGAGCGUGAAGCCAAAGCCUCUUGCCUGACACCCCCUUGCCCUGGACAUUUGCAGUUUGGGCGCUGCAGGUGUCCGCGGCAGGUGAACCCACAAAAAUUAAGUAGGACCGAAGAACACCAUUGCCUUCCAGGAUCAGAACUAGGUCCCAGCACUCUUGUCUCCAGUAGAGGGGCCAGCCAGCCAGCCAGGCUCCUGGGCGCGAUGGCAAUGGGCCUUUUCUGUUGUCCGCUGCGUGUCUCUCCCCCCCACCGGCCAAGGGGGGCCAUCCUAUAUCACCUCUGCACAUGGAGGGUUCAUUUAGCCUGUCCUGACCCCCCAUUUACUUGCCUCCUCCUUUCGAUAAAGGACAUUACAUUCGCAGCCAUCGCGGCAUCCCACGGAAGCGCGGCAAAACCCACAAGCGAAUAGCCCCAUCGUGUGCUGAAAAUACUUUUUGUUCGUCCCGGACCCGCUGCCGACCGCUUGCAUUGGACUUGCUUGACCCAUCCGGAUUUCAGCUGGACAUUUGGGGCCGGGAGAUCCCUGAACCCCCCCCCCAUUAUAAAUCAUGACUCCCUCUGUAGCCUGGAGGAGGACGGUUUCUAUCUGGCAGUGUUGGAGUCCUCCAAGUUCUGGCCCAGGCAGGCAGCCGGCCGAUGGAAUGAGGUUGCAGUUGGAUGGGGGGCAGCCAGCCUGGAGAGGGAGACGGGGGGAACAAGCCAACAGUAGUUGGCUGGAAACAUUUCUGUGACGUUGCCAGAAAGCCCCCUCCCUUGCCCCCCCCUUCCCCCUGCCUCCUCCAUAAGUUGCCUCCUUUUACGACAUGUUGAUAACUUCAUCCCCAUUAACCCAGACGGGCCCCUUAGGGCUAUUCCAGAUGUAUUAUUAUAAUAAUUAUUAUGUUUUAUUAUUAUUUUCUGAGCUAUGUUUGUUUGCAAUAAAGGCUUUCUUACAGUUGCUGGAGUGAGCAUUCUGCUUGUGUGUGAGACACUGGCAUGGUCUUGUGGGUAGAAGACAUAGAGCCCCAGAAUUGUAGGGUUGGAAGGGAACCUGGGGGUCAUCUAGUCCAACCCCCUGCAAUGCAGGAAUCACAGCUCAAGAAUCCCUGACAGAUGGAACUGUGCCCCCGAAGGAGCAGGUUUGCAGCCUGGGAGUCAUUUUGGACUCACAGCUGUCCAUGGAGCCGCAGGUCAGUUCUGUGUCCAGGGCAGCUGUCUCCCAGCUCCAUCAGGAUGAGACCCUCCCUGCCUGUGCAUUGUCUGGCCAGAGUGGUGCAUGCUCUAGUUAUCUCCCCCUUGGACUACUGCAAUGCGCUCUAUGUGGGGCUGCCUUUGAAGGUGACCUGGAAACUACAACUAAUCCAGAAUGCGGCAGCUAGACUGGGGACUGGGAGUGGCCACUGAGACCACAUAACACCAGUCCUGAAAGAUCUGCAUUGGCUCCCAGUACGUUUCCAAGCACAAUUCAAACUGUUGGUGCUGACCUUUAAAGCCCUAAACGGCCUCAGUCCUGUACACCUGAAGGAGCGUCUCCACCCCCAUCGUUCAGCCCGGACACUGAGGUCCAGCUCCGAGGGCCUUCUGGCGGUUCCCUCCCUGUGAGAAGUGAAGCUACAGGGAACCAGGCAGAGGGCCUUCUUGGUGGUGGCGCCCGCCGUGUGGAACGCCC